CCUGGAGUGGACAGAAAGCACGCCAGAGCACAGGGGCAUGACAUCAUCAUCUUCACCACCACCACCACACACACAUCGAUCACCUCCUCUCCUCCCUGUGAAACCGGUGCACCAAACACCCAAACACGCUUCGAUUCUUCACCCUAAGGACCCAUGACCUGAACCCUCGGCACCAAGCAUUCUUGGCACCAUAUCCUGCUUAACUCACGGCACAACGCACACGCACUGUCUUGGAGGUGAACGCCGUUCGGAACCGGCCCUGGACUUCGACCAUGACGGCCUCCUCCUCCCUUGCAAGCAAGUUCCUGGCUGCGGCCGUCGCCCUAUGCUGCACCUCAACCGCCGUCGCUUCUCCUCUCGGCGAAGACCAGAUCGUCUUCCAGGCCAACGCCGACUUGACUCGCGUCCAUGAAGAGCUCUCCAACGCCCGCAUCAUUCCCACGGUCCUGGACGAGUUCCAACCCAUCCUUGGCCUCUCGGCCGAGUGGUCCUCUACCGCCGCCGCUGACCUCGGCAACACACUGAAGCCGGCCAAGCUCCAGUCGGCACCCGCCGUCUCCCUUGUCAGCGGUUCUUCCAUGUCCGCCAGCCUCAUCGCCACGACCUACGUCUUGACCCUGACCGACCCCGACGCGCCCACGCGCGAGAAUCCCAUCUGGUCCGAGUUCUGCCACUGGGUCGCCACGAGCAGCUCCCCGACCAUCUCCGCCGGCGUCGAGCCCGCCCAUCUGGACCCCGUCGUUGAGUACAAGCCCCCCGGGCCGCCUCCCAAGACGGGCAAGCACCGCUACGUCUUCACGGCCUGGGUGCCGGCCAACGGCACCAAGGAGAAGCUGCACCUGUCCAAGCCGGAAGAGCGGAAGCACUGGGGCGGCGAGGAAGGCCGCGGCGUGCAGAAGUGGGCCAAGGAGAACGGUCUUGUUGCCGUCGGCGCGAAUUUCAUCUACGCCCAGAACGAGACGCAGUAGUUUGGCGAGACUUCCUCCGAUGUGUUAUACCCUGCACAUUGCCUCAUGCAAAUGAAUAGUGCACGGCGUCUCACCCGAAAAGCAGUAAGGGGAGUGCGAAUGAGCGCUCAUGAUUAUUCAAUGUCACUUUACCCUAAUACAACCACACUCAAGACUGGAAUCUAGGACGUAUUCAUGUUACAAGCGACACCCGUAUUUAUUUUAUUCGAGUGCUCGGAACAGUUCUCAUGAUUGUAUCCUGCCGGAUGACCUUAAGGUGACAAGUCUCAAGAUAGUGUAGAGGGUGGCCACUUCUAUUACGCCGAUACUUUGCCUAUAUGGAAGGCUUCCUCCUUUUGAGCGGAGAAGAUAAAAACUGCAGCAAGAAACGCACAGCCGAACAGACAAAGUAUGACACAACCCCAUAAAUACACAAACCCCAUGGAGCCACGAUGCCAUCAGCACUUUGCAAUCCCCCCUCCAUUUCCCCUCGCUUUUUGCGUCCAACUACUCCUACUCAUGUCACUUCAUCGUCGUGUUCGAUGAAGAAAGAGUCUUAGGCUGUAGGGCCAGGAGCGAGAGGGUUCCUUCGCUGUCUCUUGCGGGGCG